GUCCACGUUUUUGUCUGAUAAAAAAAUGAAAAGCGAAGACUUUAAAAAUAUAUAUAUUAAGUUCGAAAGAAACAGGGAAGAUGAAUCCGUCAGAAGCGCUGUCAUCAGCCAUUUAUAAACUGCAAAUUCAAGCACAACUAGGAAAAAGGAAGAAGCACAAAGCAAGUGGAGUACAGAGCUGGGCUCAACUAAUGGAGUUCUGAAAUCAUCAAGCUUUUCUCUUCUUUCUUUUUUUUCGAUUUUCAAGAAAAACACCGCCACCAAGGUCAACUCAUGCACCUAAUGAAACCUGUCUCGUCUCUUGUUAGCUCAUCGUAAACAAGUUUGGCUUGAUGUUUUACCUUCAUAUUUGCAUGUGGGUGUCUUUGUUUUUGUCUGAAAACGAAGUGUUUAACUUUCUUCUUCUUGAAUAUGGAAGGAAAUUCAUCUGUUUGAUUGAUUAUGAAUUGAUAUAAUAUCUUACUUGCUUUUGUGUUUUCUGGGAUGAAUCCGUUUAACAGUUGGCACUGUUAAAAGCGUGGCUGCUUGGAAAGAAUGGAACAGUUGUUGGUUGGAGGACAAUUUUGCCGUGUUUUUUUUUUUUUCUCUUGGUUUGGGUCCUACAACUAUAGUAGAAGCACUUUGAUUGCAGCAUCAUUCUGUAAAACUAGUUAUGUUGACUUCUAGCAUGAUGUCCUGUCUUCUUGGUAUCUUGAUUUCUUUUGGGCCCAGUUCCUUUUAUUGUCUAAGAUUUAGCUCAAGCAAUUAAGAGGAUCAAAUUCUAAUGCCCACUUCGCUCAAUCGAGUUUAUGAGACUUCGCUGCAUUUUGUUUCUAACUCAAUUUGGAUUUUGGGCAAAUCACAGUCAAAUGAUUUAUUUCCAUGGCAUAUCUUUCUCCAGACACUAUUGAACGGUGGCUGUUUCAUCGUGAUUCAUACAUCAUAGUAGUAGUAUUUUUGAGAGAAUAUUCGUGGCAAAAUGAUGAUGUGUAUCCAGAUAGUUUUGAUUUAUAAGUGUUACCUGUUGGAUUGAUGCAAAAAUCCCUUUGGAUGUGGCAGGUCUCAUUGGGCAGCAUUUUUUGCAUGAACUCAAUUGCAUAUAAUCUUCUUUUGAAUUAAUCAUGCGUGCUUUCAAGGCUUGUUUUUGCUUGAAGAAAGAUAGACAGAAACCUGGGUAUGAAGAUCCUAUCAUUCUUGCUUCUGAAACACCUUUUACUGUGAAUGAAGUAGAAGCUUUGCAUGAUCUGUUCAAGAAGUUAAGCAGCACUAUAAUUGACGAUGGUCUGAUUCACAAGGAGGAAUUCCGGCUUGCACUUUUUCAAAACAGCAGUAAGCAGAAUCUCUUUGCAGAUAGGAUAUUCGAUUUAUUUGAUGUCAAAUGUAAUGGGGUUAUCAAAUUUGGAGAGUUUGUUCGGUCUUUAAGCAUCUUCCAUCCCAAUGCUCCGGAAUCAGAUAAGAUUGCAUUCUUAUUUAGAUUGUACGACCUACGACAGACUGGCUAUAUUGAAAUUGAAGAGCUGAAAGAGAUGGUAUUUGCUCUACUUAGUGAGUCAAAUCUGGAUCUUUCCGAUGAUGUAGUGGAAUCAAUUGUGGAAAAGGUAUCAGACAAUGUAAACUGUUUAAUUUGUUGCAUUUCUAUCAUUCUGCUUUCUGGAUAUUUGUAUUUGGUCAUGUUUGUGCAGACCAUGAGGGAAGCAGAUAUGAAAGGAGAUGGGAAGAUUGAUGAAGAAGAAUGGAGGGAGUUCGUGAAAAAGAAUCCAUCUAUCAUAAGAAACAUGACUCUUCCAUAUUUGAAGGAAUUAACCCUCGCGUUUCCCAGCUUUGUACUGACCAGUGAAGUCCCAGAUUAGGAGUAACAGAUGAAGAUGACACACUCAAUCGAAUUUUCUUUCAACAUGCUACCAAGUUUGAGAAAAAACCUGCAAUGGAGAAGUAGGAUGUCUUUGUGGUUGCAUUUGAAGGGGCAUAAAAAGGAUGGAAAGAGAGUAGAACCCCAUAGUUGUCUGCAACUUUAAAUAAUACUCUCCUCGUGCAUGCUUCAAUCAAAUAUUUGAUGUUGGACUUGUAUAUCUAUAAUUCACAUUGUUUCUCUUCUUUUUGAACUGCAGUGACUGAUUGUCGUUUUUUGUACUUGUAUAUCUAUAAUUCAAAUGUGAAAUG